AAUAAUAAUAAAAUAAUAACUGGAAAUUGGAUCCGCUGUACCAUCCAUCUUGUUCAAAAAUAGUAAACUAUGUACUACUAAUCUUACGGUCAAAUUCAAUUCUUUUCUGCUCCAUAAUUAUUUUGAUUUAAUAAUUUAAAGCAAAGCAUUGUAUCACAUCCAGGGUGUUUGGUGGGUUUUCCUUUUUGGGUUUUGGUUGGAUUUGUAUUUGAAUUUCAUCGGUUACUGCUUCUUCUGCAACUGUCGAAGGACAAAGGACCCUUUUCUUUGGAAUUGAGAAAACUACUGUCUAUACUCCAUGUGCUGGUGCUUAUUCAUGGAUGUGGCAAGAGAUUUGUUCUUAUAAUUCCUGGGGAUGGAUUACAAGUUACAAGCGGUAGGACUUCAAUCCCAACUUGAAUUGGGAUCACUAGCUGAAAAUGGAUCUGGACAUGAGUUUGAGGAUGAGAGUCUUUUCAGCUCAGAGUUAGGAGCCCAAAAGAUUCAAUCUAAUCAUGUAGCUGAAUUUGGAUCCAUGUCUGGUGGUUUUCAAGCAAGUGGUACCAAGAUGUGGAAAAGUGGUGUCUAUAGGAGCAUAAAGACUGUAGUUUUUUCAAAUAAACUAAAUUUGCUCAUGCCCUUUGGGCCUCUUGCAAUCCUCGUCCACAUGUUAAGUGGCCACAAUGGAUGGGUCUUCUUCCUGAGUUUGCUGGGUAUAACACCUUUGGCUGAGCGCUUAGGUUAUGCUACAGAGCAACUGGCUUUUUUCACAGGGCCAACAGUUGGUGGUCUUCUCAAUGCCACAUUUGGAAAUGCAACAGAAAUGAUUAUUGCUAUUUAUGCACUGAAAAGUCAAAUGAUACGUGUUGUUCAGUUGUCUUUAUUGGGCUCUAUUUUGUCAAACAUGUUGCUUGUGCUCGGUUGUGCAUUCUUUUGCGGUGGGCUUGUAUGUCACCAGAAGGAACAGGUCUUUAACAAGGCAACUGCUAUUGUAAAUUCGGGAUUGCUGUUGAUGGCUGUUAUGGGACUGUUGUUCCCUGCUGUCUUGCAUUAUACACACACAGAGGUGCAUUAUGGAAAGUCGGAGUUGGCUCUUUCAAGGUUUAGCAGUUGUGUUAUGCUUGUGGUGUAUACUGCGUAUCUUUUUUUCCAGUUAAGGAAUGACAAGUAUAGAUAUGAACCUCUUGAAGAGGAAGUGAGUCAACAUGGGGAGAGCACUGAUGGUGAUGAUGGUGAAACUCCAGAGAUCACCAAAUGGGAAUCAAUAAUUUGGCUUGCAAUAAUGACAGCUUGGAUUUCUAUUCUAUCAGAAUAUUUAGUUGAUGCCAUAGAGGGUGCAUCUCAGGCAUGGAAUAUACCAAUUGCAUUUAUUGGUGUUAUCUUGCUUCCAAUUGUUGGAAAUGCUGCAGAGCAUGCAAGUGCUAUCAUGUUUGCCAUGAAAGACAAGCUUGAUAUAUCACUAGGAGUGGCAAUAGGGUCAUCAACACAGAUAUCUAUGUUUGCAAUUCCCUUUUGUGUUGUCGUUGGUUGGAUGAUGGGGCAGCCUAUGGACUUGAACUUCCAACUUUUUGAAACAGCAACACUUUUCAUAACUGUUAUAGUUGUAGCCUUCUUUCUGCAGGAAGGAACCUCUAAUUACUUCAAAGGACUAAUGCUCAUUCUUUGUUAUGUAAUUGUUGCUGCAAGUUUCUUUGUGCAUGAGGAUCCGAGUUCAAAAGAUGAAAAGAAGUUAAAACCAUAGUCUGGAAGCUAAUUUUAUCAUCAAAAUUUGGUCUAUCACGUUGGGGUGUACAUAUAUCCAAUUUGAAAUUCCAGUUUUCUGGCUUAGGCCAGUACUUGUUCAGCUAAUGCUAUUGAACAGGUAGCUUACCCAUUUUUUGUUCUUUUUUUUUUUUUUUUUUUUUUUUUUA